CGACCACCAUCACCACCCAAAUAUACGUAUACCGGCUCCUUCCAUAUCAGGCAUCUUCUGUGGACCUCCUCGCGCACGGUGAACGAUAGUCUCGUCACCUGCCAGAGAAGGACAUCCUCGCAAGCGCGGUCGUCCGCCGGGCAAGAAGAAAGGCCCAGCACGAGGCCGGACAGACUCCAAGGCGCCCUCUGUCCACUUCAGCAGCGAGGUCACUUACUUCGGCGGCGACGACGAUGGUCCUGGUCCCAUGGCCGGCUUCAACCCACGCGCCUCGGUCCGCAACGACAUAGUCCAGCAAUGGAAUGCCAACGACCUCUCUCCGCGCUCAGGCUCGCGGACGCCUGCAUACGAGAAUGGCAAUCACGACCGUACUUGUGGCAUGGAGAUCGACACUCCGGCCACUCCGCCAACUACAGAAGAAGAUGAGCGGUUGCUCGAGGAUAUGACCCUCCGGCGGAACAUCUGGGAGCAGGUCGAGAACAACAACAUACAGCGCCCGAAAGGUCACAAGGUGUCCUUUCACUACAGCAGUCGUGUCGAGGAUAUGCAUUUUGGCAGGACCCAUCCCAUGAAGCCUUGGCGUCUUACUCUGACGAAACAUCUCGUCUUGGGGUUUGGUCUACACCAUGCCAUGGACACCUACGAAGCCAUUAGCGCUGGCAAGGACGAGGUAUGCCAGUUCCACGAUCCAGAUUACGUCGACUUCCUGUCGCAAGUGUCGCCCGGUACGUUUAAGAAGCUAUCCGAGGAGCCGCGCUUCCGACGCGCCACGCCGCCGAAGCAUGAUGGAGACAGUGUCGAGUUAGGCCCGUUCAAUCUUAGUAUGAGUCCGGGCGCUGACUGUCCUGUCUUCGACGGCAUGUCGACGUACUUGUUCCUGUAUACUGGGGCUACGCUCGGCGCCACGCAGAAGAUCACCUCCGGCGAAAGCGACAUCGCCAUCAACUGGAGCGGAGGUCUUCAUCACGCCCACAAGUCAGAAGCCAGCGGUUUCUGCUACAUCAAUGACAUCGUUCUCUCCAUCCUGGACAUGCUUCGAGUCUUUCCACGAGUCCUGUACAUUGACAUCGAUGUUCAUCAUGGUGAUGGUGUGGAAGAGGCAUUCCAGCGGCAGUCUCGAGUCAUGACGCUGUCCUUUCAUCGGUAUGGUCCGUAUGAUGAGACAGGACACAAGUUCUUUCCAGGCACCGGAGACAUCUCAGACAUUGGUCUACGAGGCACGAAAGGAGAGCAUUUUGCCCUGAACGUCCCAAUUGCAAGCGGCAUUGACGACAGACAGUACAAGAAGCUCUUUGAGUGCGUGACUGGCGCCACAAUCGAAGCUUUCAAGCCCAGCGCCAUCGUCUUGCAGUGCGGCGCCGACUCUCUGGGAGGAGAUCGUCUCGGCCAGUUCAACAUCAACAUUAAGCAGCAUGGCGAAUGCGUAUCUUUUGUGAAGAGGACUGGUCUGCCGCUAUUACUGCUUGGAGGCGGAGGCUACACAGCACGCAAUGUUGCUCGAGCAUGGACACAUGAGACUGCAAUCUGCACCGACAACGAGCUUCCGGAUAAGAUCCCGAUGCACAUUGUCCCACGACCAGAAGCCUUCCAUGGCCGCCCUCACGGCGAUGGCAAAAUGUAUCCCAGCUUUGAACGCUUGCACAAGAACGAAUGCAAGGACGGCGGACCCGAAGGCAUUGACACUAUGAUUGCAAAGCUUCGAGAGGAGCUGAAGUAUGUGCGGAACAGUCCUUGGGUCAAGUGUGACCAGCUGCCUACCGGAACCAAGAUGGACGAGAUCAUGGCCAGGGUCGACGAGGAGCGCCGGAACAGGAAGCAGCUUGAGCGUAAUGCCGGAGGACGAGGUGAGUUGCGGUAAGCGCAAGAGGAUUAUUCCUGGCGAUAAAUUCGCAUCAUGGCGUUGCAACUAUGCGCAGCAUGAAUCACAUGCUGUCUUGAAGCUGGUCUCAUGGAAGGCCUGCUCAGCUAGCUCCGCUGCCAAGAUUCACAUGUUUCUUGGCAAUCAACCGUACCAGCAUCAUCAAGCAUCAGGUCGCAAUUGAGAACCUGAAUAGCCAAAAAUUCUUGAAGAGAGUACCAAAAGGCUCCACAGUUUCUCACAG